AUGUCGGCCGUCAAUAAUCAGAGAAAGGCAGAAAUCCUUGCCAAAAAGGCCAAGCUAGCAGAACUGAAACGUCAACGGGAGUUGCGACAAAAGGAAUUCUCACAAUCUCGGGCUAGUACUGGGGAUGCCUCAGAGGUAGUCUCGCCGGUUCCCAGCCGCUCCGAUAGCAGGGCUGAGCUAGAUGACCUGAUUUCCCGCCUCGUCGACCGUCCCGGCUCAGCUACGGUGAGCCAUGGUGCAGAUGGCCUCUCACGAAAAGGGAGUCGGCCAAAUUCGGUGCUAAGCGCCAGCCAACUUAGCGGAGACAAUACAGAAGCACUCAGUCCGACUGCGCGACCACUAUCCCAGUCCAUUGCCGUCCAGACAGUUGGAACCGAGCCGUUUGUCUCGAUCCCCGAACCCCCGCCUCCCCCUGAAGUCAAGCCGGAAGUCGUCACCUACAAUAAAGGGGUUCAGACAGAUGAUUUACGGCAGGGCGGUCAAGAUUCAUCUUCAUUAGACUCGGAUGGCGAAGACGCCUUAACCUCAAAUAAGAAGCAGCGCGAACGCGAUGAAGAGAUUCGCAAGAAACUCCGCAAGGAGAUUGAGGAGGAGCUACAGGCCACCCAGCAAAACCACCAGAACGAGGACGGAACCGGCGCCGCUUUACGAUAUCCUAUGCGGACGCUGGAUGAUGACGAGCUAAAGGCUGUCACGUCCUCCGAUGACUUCCUAGAUUUUGUUGAGCGGUCUGCCAAAGUCAUCGAGCGUGCUUUGGACGAAGAAUAUGAUGUGCUGGCCGACUAUGAGCUCGGCGGGGUGGAUGCAGAGAUGGAGGAAGAUGAUGAACACGGCAAGAAGAAGCGAGGUAUAAAAGAAGUUUGUCAAUUCUGGGAUGAACGGUGGAGCAAGAAACGCAUGAUCACCGAUAUAUCCUUUUCCCCUAAGUUUCCUGAACUGGUCCUCGCAGCAUACACCAAGAACCCUUCAGCACCCCAUGAGCCAGACGGUCUUGUUCAAGUCUGGAACCAGCACCUGCACUCACGUCCGGAGUAUGUGUUUCACUCCACCUCUGAUAUCCUAACCGCAAAGUUCUCCCCAUUCCACCCCAAUAUCAUCGUCGGCGGUUCCUACUCGGGCCAAGUCCUCCUCUGGGACACCCGCUCGUCUCGCGCCGGUGGCGGUGCACCUGUUCAGAAAACCACCCUGACAGGCGCAGGGCACACCCACCCAGUUUACAGCAUCUCAAUAAUUGGCACGCAAAAUGCUCACAACAUUCUCACCGCAUCAACAGAUGGUGUCGUCUGCGGCUGGACCGUCGACAUGCUCUCUCAACCCCAGGAGUAUCUUGAAUUAUCCACCCCGCCACCCUCCAAGACAGAAGACCUCGCCCCCACAACCAUGUCCUUCCCUCAAUCUGACCCAACCUUCUUUAUCGUCGGCACCGAGGAAGGCGGCAUCUACCCCUGCCACCGCUACGACCGCGCCGGCGCCAAAGCAGGUACAGACCACCGCCUCGCUUACCGCGGCCACGCUGCCCCCAUCAUGUCCACAGCCUUCCACCCCGCCCGUGGGCCGGUUGACCUGGGGGAUCUCAUGCUUAGUUCAUCCCUUGACUGGAGCGUUAAGCUCUGGCGCAUCAAGGCGCCCGCUGCGACUGCUCCGGCCGCCACCUCAGGCAUCGCAGACACCCAAGUCGUGACGCCAAUCCUUGACAUCAACCGCGAAGAUGUCGUCUACGACGCCCGCUGGUCCCCGCACCGCCCUGGCGUCUUCUCCCUCGUCGACGGCGCAGGCAACCUCGAAGUCUGGGACCUCUACACAGACACCGAAGUCCCGGUCGUCCGCACCACUCCUUCGAAAGGCCGCGCCGGCGUCCUCUCUCGCAGCCUCAACAAAGUAGCCUGGGAGGAGCGCGAGGGACGCCGCCUCGCAACCGGUGGCCUCGACGGUGUGGUCACAGUCUUCGAAGUCGGGCGAGGCCUGAGCGGGACACCAGACGAUGUUCCCGCUGAGGAAUGGACGGGCAUGAAGCGGCUCAUUAGCAAAUUAGAGCAGAAGGAUAAGGAUCGAGUGAACUAG